AUGGCGGGGGAGUCACCUGUGGACCUGCGCACCUGGCGGAAGGGAGAGGACCGAGGCCGAGGGGUCCCAGCCGAUGGAGCUGCCCCCGAGGGCGGCAGGAGACAACCUUCGGAGGGGGAGGUCUCCUUGGGCAGCGGAGCCCCCGUGACCCCGGGCCAGAAGCCUACCUGGGAACCCGAAGGAGCCCAGACUUCCCCGACUCACCUGGCUCCCGGACCUGGCCUGUCUGGAGCGCGAACUGCGGUUUCCCCCCAAGCCGGGCUGGAAGGGGAAAAGAUGGCCGAGACUUCUCUGCCCCUCAGAAAGCGCCGCUACGCCGUCCAGGAGGGCAAUGGGGACGCCCAGGGGCCAUUGGCUGGCAAGGUGCCCAAGACCGAGAAUGGGGAAGGGAAUCUGGACACCUGGGGGCCGCCCUGCAAUGGCUACUGCCCCUCUUACGUCUCUGUCAGCUACCCCAGGUUGCCAGCUGCCUAUUAUCCAGGCCUGUCUGCUUCCUUCCUCGCCCCUGAGAUGAGUCCUGUGCUGCACCCCAUGGCGGCCCACCAUCACCAUCUGUUGGGGGUCCCCGCUCCUUAUUCCCUGCUGUACCCGCUACAGGCACAACUCGCCCUGGAUAUUGCCACUGCAACCAAGCAAGAUGAAGACGGAGACACGCCCCUCCACAUUGCUGUGGUGCAGGAGAACUUGUCGGUGACUCGGCGGUUGGUGGCUCUCUUUCACCAGGGACAACGAGACUUGGACGCCUUCAAUAACAUGCGGCAGACUCCUUUGCACUUGGCAGUCAUCACAGGACAGCCGGCCCUGGUAAAACUGCUGCUCUCUCACGGGGCCUCCCCGAUGGUCCUCGACCGCAACGGGCAGACCGCUCUGCACCUGGCCUGUGAGCAUGGCAGCCUCCGUUGUCUGCAGGAGAUGCUCGAAGGGAGUCUCCCACUGGAUCUGGAGGCGCGCAAUUUCGAGGGUGAGCCUGUGAUUUACCCCCUCCAUGUAGCCGUGGCCACCUCUAACCACGACAUAAUUCUCACUCUGCUGGAGCACGGGGCAGAUGUCGACGCUGUGGAUAUUAAAAGCGGACGGUCCCCGCUUUUGCACGCCGUGGAGAAUAAUAAUUUGGAGAUGGUGGAGCUUUUGCUGCAGCAUGGGGCAAAUGUGAAUGCCCAGUCGUACGGGGGGAACACGGCUCUCCACGAGGCCAGCGGGCGGGGAUUGCUGGACACCCUGCGGCUUCUGGUGCGCAACGGGGCAGAUGGGAGCCUCAAAAACUAUCACAACGACACACCGCUGAUGGUGGCCAGGAACAAGCGGGUGACCGACAUCCUGAGAGGAAAGGCCUCCCGGCCCGACCAUGUCCGCGAGGGCUCGUCCCCGACAACCAGCACGGCCAGCUCUCCUGGCAUCCGGCCUUCCCACCCCAGCACACUGCGGGCCUCACCGGACUCCUGCCCCACUACCCCUAGUCCUGCCCGGACCCCGAAGCCCCCAAGGGCGGUGCAGUCCCCCACAGUGCCCCACCAGAAGUCAGACAGCGUGACUUCCUCGAACAGGACCUCAGCAGCCAGCCCCUUACGUGGAGUGAAACUGGAGCGGAGCCUGACUCCACCCGCGCCGGAGCAGCUCGUGGGCUUUGCUAGCGCCCCAAAUUCUUUCUGCCCCUGCCGGAGACCAUGAUGGACCCAUGCGUUCCACAGCACCCUCUAUCCUUCUCGCCCUCCCCACCAUAACGCCUCGAGCCAUCCUGUCCAGCUGCUCCCCGUCGGCCUGAAUCCCUCCGCCGUAUCACUGCACGACUCCCUAGUGGGUCAGAUUCACUCCCGGGGCGUGGGGUUGGAUCAGUCGCUGACGCUGCUGGGUGCCGAGAAGCCUCUGGACGCCGAUUGUAAAGGACAGCAGAUCAACGGCAGGGACAGCGGGCCCGGAGGGAGCUGACAAGAAGAGGCAAAGGGACUCCCGUCAGCUUCGAAUCUGUCGGAAACUUCGCCAGGGGCAGCGUGCUUUACGAAGCAGCCGGACAAGAGGUCGUGCUGGGGAUUUUCACCUCUGCUGCUACGGUUUCCUAGAGCAAAACUGGCCCACGUUUGCUGCUUUCGAUAUCCAGAACCCACUUGAUUCCCCCACUGGGAACCGAAGGCCUUCUUCUCUUCCAUUUGUUUGUAGCAACGCACGGUUCGCCCUUGCCUCACAAGCUGAUGGUUCUUCGGUCCAUUGGCCCAAACGGUCUAUCCGGUGGUUCAUCUUCAUUCUCGCUUCCUAAAGGGGCUGAGCAGCGGUGAGGAUUGGAGCCCUCUCUCUUACCUCCUUCCCCCUUGAAAGAGCACACAAAGAUGGCGGCGCUGCAGGAGUUGCCGGGGCAACAGCCUCGCUGUUGUGUGUCUCCCCUUAGUGGAAAGGGGGUUUAAUUGCACAGCCUUUGGCAAGUAGCACAUUCAGAGCAUAUCACAAGCAGCCUGUGCCUCAGGCCAAAAAUCGAACUAAUACAGACUUGUUUCCUUAAGCUGCUAGCCAGCUUUCUCUCUCCCACCCCCAAGGAAGUGCCCAAGCAGGUAGGAAGCCUAUAACCCUCCCAGCCACUGCUGUUCAGAGAUAUGCAGGGAGGUUCCAUUUCACCAUCAUGCCUAAUAGUUGUUGCUGCCUUCAGAUAUCUGGCCGCCAAGCUCGCCGCACUUCAAAAGGCAUCUUUUAGCACUUUGGAGAAAGGAUUCUGGGUUAAGAUCUUGUCUCUGUAGGUUCGGCCACACUCCCCCCCCCCCACUCCGGUAACAGUGCAGGAUUUCCUAAUGGUUACCAAACAGUCCGUUUCAAGAAACGACAACCAAAGAGCAAGGUGGGCAGGGAGGGUGGUAGGGAGAAGACACUGGGAUUUUUUUUCCAGAAAGCUUGAGAAGCUACAGGGAAACGCUGUGGUGCAUUUUCGACGCCUGAAAUUUCAGAAAUUCCCCAGACAAGAGUUUGGCCGUUAGAGGAAGUUAUACGGCUGGAGGUUAUUAGUCAGUAAAACGAGAUGUGGGGGGGGGGGGGGGAAGAGAGAGAAGGGAUGUUGUGGCCAGCGUUCCCUCUAUGCUGUGGAGUCUUGUGAGCGAAAAUGUUACUUUGUGAGCGACCAGCAUUCAAGUUGUGAGCUGCUGUGUCAGUGCGUUUCCUCUGAGGCUUUUCCUGAGCGGUGACAGAAAUGUGUGAGCUGUAGGCUAAAAACGGUGAGCUGGCUCACACUAACUCCGCUUAGAGGGGACACUGGUUGUGGCCCACAGUACAGGCAGUCCUUGCAAACAACUUGGGCCAUUCCCCCCUUUCCUCCCCAUUCCAAGAUGGGGCUUCCCAUUGGAGAAAAGGGGGGUUGUUAACUUUGCUCCGUGGAGACGAAGGUUGCCAGGCCUGUGUUGGAAUAUACCUGGAGACUUUGGGGGUUGGAUCCAGGAGAGGGCGGGGCCUGGGGAGGGGAGGGGCCUCAGUAUGCCAUCAUGCCCUAGAGUCCGCCUUUCCAAGCAGCCAUUUUCUCCAGGGGAGCCGAUCUUUGCCAGCAGGACGCCAGUUGUCGAAGUGGGAGAUCUCCAGGCCCCACCUGGAGGCUGGCAACCUACGCCCAACAUGCAAAAGGCUUGGUGGUGUUCCUUCCUUCCCCCACAAAUUGUUGAUAUUAACCCAUCUGCUCCCAAUCAGAAGAUGGAUCUUGGGGGGCUGACUUACCUGCCCCCCUCUUCCCCAGAUGUUAUUUUCCCCUGCCUUUUUAUCAAUACUUGAACAAUUAGCACCUUCCAUUCCUUACAUGCUAGAGAAAGGGGAGGGGGUUUGCUGAUUGGGUUGUGGGGGGGAUCGGUCCCCUUCGAACUUGUCAAUAAAGUAUUUUUUUUUCUACUUC